AUCAUUAAUGUUAAAUAUUUUAUUUUUAGCUGCCCAUCUGUAAAUAACAUUUUGAAAAGGGAAUUUUUCCGGAAACUGUCAUGGUGCACAAACAUCUAGAUGCGACGUAGUCAACCAAAAAUGCCUAGUGAUCUACAUUCUAAUCUAGUCAUUUUUAGGAAUGCGUACAACAACCCUGCGACGACUAGAAUUUCAAAUACGCACCCUUGAAAUGCUACAACGCAGUUCGUGUUUAUGUUCGUCGGAAUCGUGGAAGGUUGGUUUAAAAAUGGCGCGCAAGAUCAGAAAGAAAGGAGUAAUUGGAGCAAGUGUGUCCUGAAGAAAAAAUUAUUCAUAGAAAAAGAAGGAAGAAGCACGAUGGCUUAUAGUCAAAUCCUGCGUUCCGAUCUUCAGGAUCUUCUGGAUCAAUACAGAAAAAUACGCGAUGAAUUUUCCGCGCUUUAUAAUUUCAGUGAAAAGCAGGAAAAGUCCUUAGAAGCCGAGCGCGAACGAUCAAGAAUGUUGCAGUACAGAUUAAAUAGAGUGCUUUGCUUGUUAAUGAGUCGUGAGGAAAAUCACAAGAUAUCCUUGGACAAAUUGAAGAAGGAGAAUAAACAAUUGCACAAUAUAAUAGCCACUACACAACGAGAAUGCGAACGUGAUAAGUUUCUAAACAAUGACAAAGUUUCUAAAUUGCAGGUCGAAAACGAUUUUUUGCAUAUGCAAAUGAUACAGCUCGAGGAAAAGCACAGGCAACAAUUAAUAUCGCAAAAUAAACGUCACGAGGAUGAGAUUUUAGAGUGCAAACGUCAUUUGGGGAAUGUGGAUAUGAAAUUACUUAUGAAGCAACAUGUGGUCGUGGAGAAGUUUCAAGGAACGAAAAAUAGAUCAAAGGUUCAUCCUGCUUUUAUAAAUGAAGAAAAUGUGGAAAAAAAGAAAAAUCGAGUUGGCAAAUUGCCUGGAUUAGAAAUAGUUAGAGUAGAAAAAGUCGCCCGUAAAAGAAGAAAAUUAUUUCUAAAUGACGAGGAAACCGUGGUUGACAUUUAAAAACAUUAUAUACUUGCAAAUUAUCAUAUACACAUAUAUAAGUAUGAAAAGAAUUUCAGUUUUAGUUACAACUUGCAUAUUGUUAAUUAUAAAUAUGCUAUAUACAUAUAUAUAUAUAUAUAUAUAUGUAUUUUUUGGUUACUUAUUAUUACGUUGUUUUGAUCAAAGAAUCCAUAAAAAAGUUAAUAUAAUUAUAAAUUAAUAAAAUAAACUAACGUAAUAUAACGUUUGAGUUACUGGCUAAUAAAUAAUAAUAAUAAUAAUAAAGAUGACUUAAUUACAAGUUUUUUUCGGUUAUAAAUUCUUAAUUAAAACCUUUAAUUGAGCAUAUAACAGUGUAUUAUUUAUGCUAUAUAUAUAUAUAUAUAUCUCAUAUUAUCGAGUAAUUUAUCUGUCCAUUUCUGGUCCGAGAGAAGCUGAUCCUUUUAUUUUCUAAUUCGACGAUUGAGUGAGUUCCAGCUGUUUGUAUAAUCGAUCUUUAGGUGGCCAUGUGUGUUUAAAUGUCCAAUAUGUGGUGAACAGAUCGCUUCUGUUAUAUAUCUAUCUUUAUCUGCAU